AUCACAAUAGUCUCAACUUGACACUUCCUUGUUUUUCGAAAGUUUUAUUUUGUAGAAGUUGGCUAGCACAAUUUGACAUGAAUUCUGUCGGAAUAUGGAGAUUAUUUGAUUUACAUUUCUUCAACUUUAAGGUUUAGCUUAGGUUGUCUGUGGCUCUACAUUGAGAAGUUCGAACUAGGGGAAGAUGUUAUCCGAGGUCAACGAAGAUUUUAGGGUGAUGUUUCCACUACAUUCCUUGGUCUGGGAAAAUGAUUACAGGAAUUUGGAAAACGAGUCAACAAAGAAUGACAUCGAGGCUGUGGAUCCCAGGGGAAGAACACCGCUCCACCUGGCUGUGUCACUGGGACACCUGGAGUCAGUGAGAGUGCUUCUGAGACAUGGCGCUGAAGUUACCAAAGAGAACACCAAGAAUUGGACAGUGCUGCAGGAGGCGGUCAGCACCGGCGACCCAGAGAUGGUUCAGCUAGUGCUCCAGCGGAGAGACUACCUCAAAGCCUCUACAGCCCUGGGAGGAGUGCCUGAGCUUCUGAGCAAGAUCCGUGAGUCCCCGGAUUUCUACAUGGAAAUGAAAUGGGAGUUCACAAGUUGGAUCCCCCUCGUGUCCCGGGUUUGUCCCAGUGAUGUGUGUCGGAUCUGGAAGAGCGGAGCCAGCCUGCGUGUGGACGCCACUCUGCUGGGCUUCGAGAACAUGACUUGGAUCAGAGGUCGUCGGAGCUACAUCUUCAGAGGAGAUGAUACCUGCACUGAGUUGUUGGAGGUGAACCAUGACGAAGAGGUGGUGGACACGGAACGCUUUGACAUCUCCCGGGAGAUAGAGGAUGUAACAUUGGACUCCAUGCAACCUGCCGAACAGGAAGUGGCCAAGCGGCUAACCACGCCCAUCGUCAACACUUUUCUGGAUACCAGGCACAUUGCUUUUGAGAGAAAUAAGUCUGGGAUUUGGGGUUGGAGGAGUGACAAAACAGAAGUUGUCAAUGGUUUCGAGGCUAAGGUUUUCACUGUGAACAAUGUAAACGUGGUGAUCCGGACGAGGACAGAGCAUCUCACCGAUGAGGAGAAAACUAGAAUAAAAAGUGAGAGGAAUGUUCUGGAGUCUCUUCUUGGGACUGUGGAGCAGCAGAUAAGCGCUCAAGGGGACCUCACUCUGGAGUAUGCAACAGCCACCAACCCCACCGCCAUCACACCAGAGGAGUACUUUGACCCUGAGUUUGACCUUGAAGACAGAGACAUUGGCCGGCCCAUUGAACUCAGCAUCCGAACCCAGAAGUUCAAGGGCACAUUGUGGAUGAGCGAGGAACACCCUCUCUCCCUGGUGGAGCAGGUCACCCCUAUCAUCGAUCUCAUGGCCCGGACCAGCACCCACUUCGCCCGGCUACAGGAUUUUGUCACCCUCAAGUUCCCUCCAGGGUUCCCUGUAAAAAUAGAGAUUCCCCUGUUCCACGUGCUCAACGCCCGCAUUUCAUUUGGCGGUGUCAACAAAUGCUGUACGGGCGAACCCCUGGACACGCCACCCUCGGCUGCCACGCCCACACCCUCGGAGGAGGAGGGCAGUGAAGAUGCAGUUCCCCCGCUAUUCCAGGUGUGUCCCUCUGUGUUUGAGGUGCCUGCACACUACCGCCACAGAGGAGGGGGCGGCAGCCGCCACAUGCCCGUAUCCAACCACGACGAGGAGUUACUGCAGUAUGCCAUCCACCAGAGUCUGCUGGAGUCCGGUGGUGGAGACCCGGGACAGGAAGUGACCUGGGAAGAUGCCAAUGGGGACCUCACGGACCCUAUGCUCAGUAGCCAGAGUGACAGAAGCAACCCAGAGGGGGCGCUGGUGGACUUGGGAGACACCACGUCGAGUCCGGCCAGCUCGGGCAACUCGGCCUCCAGCCCCGACACGGACCUCCGCAUGGCCAUGGAGCUGUCGGCCCGGGCCCAGGCGGAGGAGGAGAGGAGGAGGAAGGAGGAAGUGGAGGAGCUGGAGAGGAUAUUGCAGCUCUCGCUCACAGAGAAGUAAAAAGAGGAAAAUAUGAGAGAAUGAAGGGUUAUUAAGGCCAUGUCUUGCCAGACCUGCAUUAACUAUUGAUUGAUCAAGAAGCAGCCACCACCACCACACCCCCUCCCAAUCCACCAUGACACCGGAAAAACCUCCAUGUAACAACAUUGUCAUUAACACAACCAUCUUUAUUGAAUACUUUAAUACCUAUUUUUGGUUAACAAAACAACAUAUGUUGCUAUAUUUUUUAUUUCUAUAUAACACUUAGGCUCUGUCUCAAAAGUGUACACACUGUCAAAUCCUUGAUUCCUCCUGUCCUUUUAAGACAGAGUCAUAGCCACUCCUCUCCUGAAGAGGGAUCCAUGUAUUCUUUGAGAUUAUUUGGGGAAGGGUUUCAUUUCACUGGAGUGUCAGGGUUGCAACCUGUGAUUUGUAUUAGUUGGGUGUUGCCAAGAGCGGGUUAAACCUGUGGCUGGUAGCACAGGAGGCUGGUGAGGGGGGGACAGAUUACAAUAAUGGCUGGAAUGGAAUCAAAGACAAGGAAACCAUGUUUG